GCUGCGGAAUCCCAGGCUGCGGAAGGUUACACUAGCGCUAUUAGAGUUGCAUUUAGAAAAGGGAGUGAUGCGUCGCUGUGGUGCUAUUGUCCGCUGACAGGGAAGAGCAGUGACCAUAUGUUGCUUAUUACUCACAGGAAGAUAAGUUUCCCCUGCACCUGCGGAGCUGCUGCCACUGGGAGGGCCCCUCUAGUCUAGGGCCAAGGUCACAUGUAGAUCUGAGAUGUCGGCAGGACGCAGAAGUCCAAGGAAGGAUGGAAAUAUCACAAUGCAGAGCAACGGGAUUCCCAGUGACUCGCUGCCUGGUACUCAACAUCAAGAAAAAGAGUAUUCCAGAGACAGUGGCUGUGUAAGAACUCGCUCAAGUCCUGGGGGCAGAAUCAUGUCUACUGCAUCCAACAGAAAGGCUCGGGACUGGCUGGCACACAAACCCAAUAUCCAGCUGCUCAUUGAUGAAGAAAAUCAAGAGAUUAGAGAAACAAUGCACCAUCUGUUAGAUGUGGAGCAUCACUUUAACCAGAGCCUGACAAAGUAUCUGAAGAAAACAGACGACUUGGAACUGCGCAGGAAAGAGAUGCAGCACAAAAGGUGGACUGAGCGCGUAUCAGAUCCCUUACAGAAGACCAUCCAGAGCUACGUAGAUGCACAGACAGCAAGAGACAUAGAGAGAAGGAGGCGCUUUGUCCUUGCUCAGUACUUGAAGUAUUGCAAUAAAAAGGGUUUCGUCUUUCUCAGAGAUUACGAUUCCACAGAGUACGACCCCUUUUCUCAUCAGAUUUCUAAGCAAUACCUCCGGGUUUUCAUGCCACAGUUCCUCGACCCUCUUCUACAGCAGAGUCAGAGGAGAGUUGAAGAGGAGAGCAUAACAUUACACUGUGAAACAGGGAGAAUCUAUUCUGCUAGAGAAAUCCAUGAACUGAACAUGAAGAAACUGCCACAGGUUCCUUUGGGCCGGCACGGCAUGAAUGGGAUUGAGUGGGUCAAGGCUCCCUUUGGUUACAUAGAGAGUGAGAUCAGACAAAAGAGCAGGCAAAGAAUAAGAGGAACAUUUAACAAAGAAAGUCAUAACUUCAAGACUUAAGAUACUUAAUAUUGACCUGGAUGGAGGUGUGACCCUUCCAAGGAAAUAACCCCUAAGAACUCUACCCCUCGGCAACGGGAAUAGGGCCAAACACUUUCUGGAUAACAACAGGUUUUAUUGUUAGGAAAUCGCGAUUCUAGUGGGUGCCCCGGAUCCCAUUCCUUGUGUUCCCCAGCAAUUUGAUUUACCCCAGCGUGUUGUCUAUUCAGGAAACAAAAUCACUUAUCCACCAUCACUGAGCCCUGCAUUGUACAUGGAUUUAUCCAGAAGUUUAUUCUACAGGCUGGUUUAGUAUUGGAAUCACUCAGCAACUGUUAUUUAGAAGCCCCUUUUUGUUUUGCAGUUUAUUGAAUAAAUGUGUUUGUGAAUUA